GUGAAUGUUUUCGGAAGUAAGUUUGUUUCUCUGCCCAGAGGCUAAAUAUUUCUAAAUUAUGAAGUGAGGUGUGUAACGUUACUGUUAUGUAAACAUUUAGUUUGUUAAGAAGCAUGGCUCCCCUGAGUAAAUAGAAUGAGCAGAUAGCAUUCGCUGAAUUCCCAAAGAUGUCUAAGCAUUCAGGUCUUAAGAACAUUAACGAUGGAGACUUGCACAUGUGCAGUGAUUACACUUUUCUGGAGUCAUUACGCAGUUACAUACAGUUUGAAAAGGAACAUUUGCCCACAUCAGAAAAAGCACCCGAUGAACAACGACUUGUUAUUUACAGUUCUGCAUUUGACAAGCUAAUUGAGCAUGUGACUGCAUACAAGAGGAUCCUAACUGCUAUUAAGAAAGAAUAUGAUGACUUCAUAAAUUCUGUUAAAAAGAAUGGCAGAGAUGCCAAGCUUGCCCAGAGGAAGCUGAAGGCCAUGAUUGCACAGCCCACUUCUCUCAUGUACUGUCAGCGACGAGCUGUGGAACUUCAAGAGAGGAUUGCAAUCAUUCAGAGAGAUACUGCUGAGCUACAGGCAGAGCUGCAGAGGAUUGAGGAGAGCAGAAAGGACAAACAGCACUCAGCGCAGCAGAAGACAUCAGACACCCAGACAUAUCACCCCAUUAGACAGAUACCAGGUUUGACAUUUGAAGAAUCAAUGAACCCGGCAGCAUUGGCCAAGUACAUAGAAGUCCUGGAGAGGAAGCGAGCAGACCUGUGGAAUUUGAGGAAGAACCACUAUGUGCCUAUGCAAGUUAAGGCUGAGCUUGACUGCAAGGUGACGGCAGCCUUAGAUCAGAGAGAUGAGCUUGUAUUCGAGAACGACCAACUUCACCUGCGUCUCCAACAACUACAGAGUGUAAAUGAUGUGAUUACUUCUUGGAAGAGUGAGGAAGAUGGUCCUUUGCUUGAGCACCUGUCAGCAAAACUUGAGCAAAUAGCUGAAAUGAAAGUGUCUGAUACAGUGGAUAGCAGUAGUGCAGCACUUGAAGAAGAUGAUCCCAGUAAAGCCAAUGAGUCAGAACUUCUUGUGGACUAUAUUGAGAGAUUCACAGACUUGUUUGAAAGUGGUGAUUAUGAGCUAGCUGCCUUCCAUGCAGCCAAAUCUCCACACGGGGUACUGCGGAACAUGGAAACCAUGGAGAAAUUUAAAGCCAUUACAGUGUAUCAGGGCGAGGUUCCUCCCCUGCUGCUGUUUUUCCAGGCCAUUAUGAACUCAGUGCAGGACAAGCGCCAGCUGCCCCGGGAAGACCUCUCCGUGGAGAGCGUCCGCUGCGCCCUGCAACACAACUUUGUGGAGCUGGUCACACACUGGGUCACACAGCACAGUUUGACUUACAGUGAAGCUCUUGGAGAUGUAAUCUGUGCCCAUGGCGACAAGACGCUCCGAAUCACUGACACCUGCCUGGCGCUGGCCCAGAUGGUCUACUCGGCCUGUGGCAUUCACCGCAAGGCCGCAAUAACCAUGUGUAAGAGAGGCCUGACCUUCUGUGCCCUGGAGUUCAUUCAGCAGAACAACUUAACUAAUGAUGAGCUCUGCUGGUCUGUGUCCCCUGCAGAUGACUGCAUGCUGGUGCUCAGGAGUUGCCCCAGCUUGGUGCUGCUCCAGGCCCUGACACAGGAGUACAAAGGCAGGGCUCCUGUGCUUAGCGUGGGCUAUGCGUGCCACUCGCUUCUCAACUCCGAUCUGGAGGACCUGGCCAUGGAGCUGCUCGAGGAGAUGCACACAGGCAGGCAAGGCUCACUGGAGAAGGCCAUCAGUGAAGACCCCAGGUGCGGUGCUGAGGUCUGGAGUGACAUUGCUAACUGCUGCUGCCUUAAAAACGACCAUCAAGUGGCACAAGAGAUCAACACGAUUCUGCAGUCUCAUGCCCUGGCUCUCGCAUCAGGCAGAGAAGAUAACAAGGUUAUGGAUCACGUGUUCAUGUAGAGGUGUGACCACUAGGUGGCGCAAAUGAGACAAAUAUAGUGAGUCUGAAGCAUGCUUAAGCACAGCAGAACAUUGCUACUAACAGCCAUUUGAGACAUGUGAAGUCUUGUAUUCUGAUAACCACUAAUUUUUAGGAGUUCUUCCACAUUGUAAUUAUCAAAAACUGACAAGUUUAUACCA